AAAAUCUGGCAACCCUCUUUGUAGCGCACCGUUUCAUUUGUGAUCGUGGCUUGCCUUGUUUCUCGUCUUCAUAUACAGUGUGUAAUGUUUGAGUUGUUUCAGUAUUUUGAAUCCUUUUGACUGUCAAGCUUGGAUGGAUUCCGAUUACAACAGCCAUAUAAUUAUGGAUCAAAGUACAGAUGAUGAUGUCAUGGACACCACUCCAGAACCAUAUGGAGAUUCAGAAGAUGUCAUGGACAUUUCUCCAGUGUCACACGGAAAUCCAAAUGAUGUCAAUCUUCCAGUGACACAUCAAUAUAGAGUUAAUGUCAUGGACAAUUUUCAUGUAACAAAUCAAGAAGCAGAUGAUGCCUUGGAUCCAAUGACACAUAAAACCCCAGAUAACAUGACGGACAAACUUCCAGUGAUACAUGAUGAAGACUUAACUAAUAAAAUAGAAUUUCAGAUACAACCAACUUCAUUUCUUUCCACAUCAGAUGAUCAAGACCAUGGUGUAAAGCCUCUUGGGACCUCAAAUAAAGCACAUGGAGAAUACAAGGAUGAUGUGAAACCAAUAGAAGAAGGGAUUAACCCGAAAUCUAAAGGUAAUGCAGACAUUGUAGCACUGUGCUCAGGCUUUAAUGAUUCAUCUCACAACAACACAGAUCACAAUGAUCCUGAUUUGACUGUUGCAUUAUUUGGAAGAUCUGAUGCUGUCCAGUUUGGAUGUGACAAUGUUCUACUUGGAGAUAAACAACAAAAUGGAGAAUUUCAAAUUAUCAUUCAAAAGAGGAAGAUAUCAGAACAUUGUGUCUCAGUGAUCAACAUGAUUGGCUCCCAGGAGACUGAUCUAAAACCUCUCAUUCAUGAUAUUGGUCAACUAGUGAAUGAAAAUGAAAUCCAUGCCUUCAUCUUUGUUGUGCGAUUGGGCCAGUUAACAGAUGCUGAUAAGAUGGGCAUUGAAUGGUUACGGAGAAUAUUUGGUGACAGAGUUCUUUCAUUUGUGAUUAUUGUCUUCACCUAUGAGAAUGAGGAAGAGUGUGACACUAUAAUAGAGGACCUGAAGAACAACUCUGUUCUGGAGCAGCUGCUGAACAAAUGUGGAGGAAGAUAUCACACCUGCAGCAAGAUCAUGAACAAAAAAUCAGAAAUGAGAGAAUUGAUGGACAGGAUUAAGCGUCUGUUCACUGACAAUAAUCAGCAGUGCUACACCAGAGAGAUGUACAGCUCUAUGAAAGGCCUGGAAAACAGUGAAUAUCAAAGUGUAAGCAUCAGCGACACUAAUGCACAGCCUUUGGGGAGCCUGGUCCAGACUGAUAAUGGAGACAAACAAAAGCUAUCUGCAGAAAAACUUAUUGGGAGGCUUCAUCUUGAAGGCAAACUAAGAACUGUAGACUUUCUUAAGCUAAUUGCACAAUCACAGUCCCAAGAGUUUUAUGCAGAAGAGCAGCUGGCUUCAGUUUUUCUACAGAAAUUGAUGAUGAUGGACUACAGAGCAAGAUACCUUCAGAUAAAAGAGAAUAAUGAACAACACAAACAACAAAGGAACAAUGACCCUUCUGAAGAUGAUGCUGAUGCCUUUGAUAAUAUUUUUGGAGAAACUGCUAAACCUGCUGAUGAAACGAACAAAUCAGAUCCUGUCCACUUGAUGGAUGUUCAGAUGGCUGUGUUUCAUUGUGCUGAUAGUUUCCUAAAGCAGCUCAUGGUGACUAAACUCUCACAGUGUCAGUAUGCUCUGCCUCUUCUUGUUCCAGAUCCAUUCACACAACAGAUUGAGUUCCCACUCUGGACAUUCCGACAAAUUAACAAGAGCUGGAAGACAAUUGAUGAUACAGGUAAAAUUUCUAGCAAAUUCCUGCCAGUCUACAAAGCAGAAACCCCAAUGGUGGCUUUCUUCCGGUUUGGUCCUGCAUCCUCAUCCAAGUCUCAACUAAUGAACAGCCUGAUCAAUGAGAAACACAACACAUUCUUCCACAGGAACUGCCCAGGCAGCAGCAGAACCAGAGUCCUGAUGGACGGAGUGGUGGAGAUCGCUUGGUACUGUCCAUCUGGAGAGAAAACAGACAGAUUUAAUCAUUGUGUUGCGUUCUGUAACCUCCGUGGUGAUGCAGGAGCGCAUGAAAAACAGCUGGGUAUCCUGACUGAAAAGGCCUCUUUAAAUGUUGUUAUUUUACCACAACUUGACAAGAAAGACAAAAGCAUGACCAAGAUCCAAACCUUCUACAAGGACUCAAAGCCACUCAUCUGUCUUCUUACUGACAAAGAUUUACCUCUGACACAAAUGCGGGAAGGGAAAUACAAAAUUGGUUUGAAAAGCAAAAAUCAGUCAGAUGUAUUUGAAGAAAUCAGAAGUGCUAUAAAAAAUGGACUCCUGUCUACUAAAUCAUGUUCCUUCUUUAAGCUUGAAGAUGUGUCCAAAAACAGUGAUAUCCGAGUGGAUGAGGUCAAUGAUGAUGAUUGCAGGAAAGGAAAAGAAGCAGCGCAACAGAUGAUAGAUUUACUGAAGGAUAAAGAUCUGACUGAAAUCAAAGAAUCAUUCCUGCCAUGUCAGGGAAACCUGUGGCAUCAGUGGUGCCAGAAGAAUAAAGAACUUCAUCGACCUACAUUAGGAGAACUACAUAAGGGAAACAACAUUGAAAAGAACAAAAGUUUCAAAAAAUCAGAAAUGCAGAAAAUCCGUGAACUGCAGCAAACAUCUGUCUUAAGUCAGUUUAUGAAAAUCUUUAUUCAAAAACUGAAUUCACAACUAGGAAAUGAAGAGACAUAUUUUCUGAAAUGGCUGGGCAUCCUGCUAGACAAUUACACUACUGAAAGUCUUUUAGCCCUUCUUCAUGAGUAUGAUGAAAAAUGGUCAACAGUCCUAAAUCUUAAAAAGAAACAUGAUAAAUCACAGCAAAUGACAGCUUCACAAGUUGAACUUGAGACAGUAUCUGAGAAACUACAAGCUGCAACCUUUGGCUUGGAGCACAUACUGAGAGAGAUCGGUCAGAUAUAUGAAUCAUGUUCAUCUGUAAAGAAAAAUAAAAAAGACUUCAAAUGUAACUUCUCCUCUCUUCCAAGUCUUGCAGCAGAGAUGAUGAUCUCUGGAUUUCCACUGGAGCUGAUGGAUGGCGAUGCAGCCCAUGUUCCUCUGAUCUGGGUUACUGCGGUUCUUGAUGCACUCAUCCAGAAACUGGGAGACCAGAGAGUCUAUGUGUUGUCAGUUUUAGGGAUUCAGAGCUCUGGGAAAUCCACCAUGCUGAACGCCAUGUUUGGACUGCAGUUUGCCGUCAGUGCUGGCAGAUGCACCAGAGGAGCUUUCAUGCAGCUGGUCAGAGUCUCGGAGGAGAUGAAACAACUGCUGAAGUUUGACUAUAUUCUGGUCGUUGAUACCGAGGGACUUCGUGCCCUAGAACUGGCCGGAAGGUCAACAAGAAAUCACGACAAUGAAAUGGCCACAUUUGUUGUUGGUCUUGGAAAUAUGACAUUGAUCAACAUCUUUGGAGAAAACACAGCUGAGAUGCAGGACAUUCUUCAGAUUGUUGUUCAGGCCUUCAUGAGGAUGAAGAAGAUCAGACUGAAUCCAAGCUGCAUGUUUGUGCAUCAGAAUGUUUCAGAUGUCACAGCCGGAGAGAAAAACAUGGAAGGAAGGAGACGACUGCAGGAGAAACUGGAUGAGAUGACGAAACUCGCUGCUAAAGAGGAAGAUUGUGAUAAAGAGUUUUUCAGUGACGUCAUUGCAUUUGACGUUCAGAACGAUGUGAAAUAUUUUGCACAGCUCUGGGAAGGCAGCCCACCAAUGGCACCACCGAACCCCAACUACAGCAGAAAUAUUCAGGAGUUAAAGAACAGCAUUCUAUCAAAAGCUUCCAAAUCUAAUGGCAUUACACUGUCUCAGUUCAGAAUGCGUGUUAAUGAUCUGUGGAAUGCACUGCUGAAUGAAAACUUUGUGUUCAGCUUUAAAAACACACUUGAGAUUGCAGUAUACAGAAAACUGGAAACUAAAUACAGUGACUGGACGUGGAGCCUCAGGAGCGCCAUGAUGACCAUUGAAGACAAAUUCUACAACAGAAUUGCAAAUGGAAACAUUAAGGUUCAGGAAAAUGACUUGUUGACUGAAAUGAGAAAGACAAAAGAGCAGGUAGAAAAAUCAAUCAUGUCUUACUUUGAGGAGGACAAAGACAAAGACAUUCUGUGUCAGUGGCGUGGAAGAUUUGAAACCAGAAUCAAAGAUCUUCAUGAUGACCUUGUGAAGGCUACAAAAAGGAAGUUAGAUGAAGCAAUUGAACAGAAAAAAGCCAGGGAGCAGCUGGAUAAAAGAAAGACAGAGUAUGAAAAUAAACUUUUCAGUCGGAGCAAGGAACUAGCUCUGAGCCUGAGAAAUAAAGGAAUAGAUGAACACAUGUUGGAAAAGGAGUUUGAAACAAUGUGGAGUAAAUGGGUCACUGAAAUGACCAAAGACACACCUCCACUGGCAGACAUUAACUUUUUGGAGGAUGUGACACGGAUAUUAUCUGAAAACCAUGAACUGACUCUUGUAGAUGAGCGAUUAAAACAAGAAGUCUACAAACUGAUAGACCGCCGGAGUGAUUAUUGUGACUACAUCAUAAUAAAGAAGCAUCUGGAGCGCUCUGAUGAGACAGCAUCAGCGAAAGCUACUGAGAAAAGCAAGAGUGGGAUGUUCAGUUGGGUCAGUCAAAAAGUUAUCUCAGGCAUAGAAUAUUUUAGAUGGACUGAAAAAAAGCAUCAAGUAAAUGCUGAAAUUCAUUACUUAGUAAGGGAUCUGACUCACAAAAUUAUUCAGGAAACUGAAAGGAUAGUGAAGAAGUCACCAGUUGGAACACGGGGCUACAAUGAGAGUUUUGUUCAAGAAAUAACAGACUGUGUUAAAAAAUCAGUACAGAAUCAUCAAUCUGUGAACCAAAAAUACAAACUGAAAAGGGAGUUUACCAUAGAUCUAAGUCUCCAUGUGUGUGGGAUUGCCAUAAAAACUUUUACUGAACUCCACAAAGAAUUCAGAGAAGCAAAUGACCCAAGACUUUAUCUUAAUAAGCAAAAAACUCAAUAUUGGAAAAUCUUCAAAAACUACUACAAAGGAACAACAACAACCACUAUAAUGAGUGAAUUAAUUUGCAGCAAACUUGAACCAUCUAUUUUACAAGCAGUUUACAACAAAACUGCUAUUGGUUUGGCCGCACAGAUGAGGUCUGACAUAAAAGCCUUACGUGAGAACAGACCAAAUCUGGAGAAACACAUUCUGAGAUCCCUUGCAAAAAAGGAGGACUUUGAGCAGUUCAUAGAAUACAUUCAUAAUCCCAGAGAACACUUCAAACAAUUCAUAAGAAAUGAAGUGAAAAGUUACUUCACCAAACAAAAUAAAAUUAUCCUUAAUGUUUUCAAAGGAAAUCUAAAACAAAAGGAGCAGACUGUAAAUAAUGCAGUGAAAGCAGCUACAGUCGAGGUCAAGAGUAAGAGUGGAGACGGCAACAUGUGGUUCAGAUGCUUCACCAAGGCCCUGACAGAUGAGCUGAAACUCACAGAGAACUCAUGUGGUGAUCUCAGUGAAAUUAAAGAUUUGGAUUUUCUUGAGACCUUUUUGAGUGACAGUCUAGAGAAGAGGAUGACAAACCUACAGAACAGUUUUAAAAGCAUCAAUGACAUUAAAAUGGAAAAUUGCAGAAAGAGACCAGAUGAGAUUUUGAUUGAGCACUUCUGUCAGUGCUGCUGGGUUCAGUGUCCUUUCUGUAAAGCCAUCUGCACCAACACAAUGAAAGACCAUCCUGGAGAUCACAGCGUUCCUUUUCACCGCAACAUCGGUCUGAAUGGGUGGUUUUACAGAGAAACAACAAACUUGUCUAUUAACAUCUGCACAACAGCAGUUUCGAGUGAUCGAUCCUUUUACCCAAAUUCCUCAGAUGAUGCAGUCCCCUGGAAAGAAUACAGAAGAGGAGGUCCUAAAUAUUCUAACUGGAGCAUCACCCCUGACAACUCUGAGCUGCCGUACUGGAAGUGGUUUGUGUGCAGAUUCAAGAAAGAUCUGGAAACAUACUACAGUAAGACAUUUGAGGGACAUGGUGAGAUUCCAGAUGAAUGGAAACGAUACACAAAAAAAGAAGCUCUGGAGAGUUUGGAAAAAUACAUGUAAUGGAAAUGUAAUCACAUGACACCCUUUCAAGACCCUGAUUACAGAUGAUAUUUGUACAUCCUGGUUCACACAACACUGUAUCCAAACUGAUAUAUGCAGUACAUUGUGCUUUUAUAUGAUAGUUUUGUUAUAAACACUGCUGAGUUUUUAAUUUAGAUGCAUUAUAGAUGGGUUGAUCAGUAACAAACAAAGUAUAGAGAGACAAACUUGACUGUUAAAAUCAGUAAGAAAUGUUUCAUAAUUUACUCAGUCAAAAUUGUCGAUGUUCUUUAUUUUUUGUGACUUUUUGUGACUUCUUCUAUUUUUUUGUGACUUAUUAGAUCUAAAACAGAAACAUUUGACUGUAAUGUACAAUCAAAAAUUUAUUUACUGUUGUUGUUGUUGUUUUAUUAUGUUGUAUCUUAUAUCUACUCUGGAUGAAAACCAAGAGUUAACAUGUAAAAAAAAAAAAAAGAUGAGCCAGAGAUGAAAAUGCUCCAUGGUUUCCUAUUUGUUAACCACCUAAAUCUCCAGAAAGCUCUAUUCUGAUUAAAGCUGAGUGCAUGAACUGAA